UCUCAUUGGCCAUCGCCACCGGACGGCGAAGGCCAUGGCCGACCCGAAGAAGCGGAAACGCCGAUCUCAGCCGAAAAAGGGCAAACUUCCUCAAAGCCACGUUAUUCUGACUCCUUCCAUUGUUAGCUACUGGCACCAGCGCUAUUCCCUAUUCUCCCGCUUCGAUGACGGCGUCCUUAUGGACGAGGAGGGUUGGUACUCCGUGACCCCCGAAGCCAUCGCCGCUUCCCAUGCCGAAAGAGCUUCCGCCUACGUACACUGCGGGCGCUCCCUUGUCCUGGACGGAUUCGCUGGCGUCGGCGGCAACGCCAUCCAGUUCGCCUCAAGGGGUUGCCACGUUGUUUCUGUAGAUAUUGAUCCGCGAAAAGUUGAGUUUGCAGUCAACAAUGCGAAGAUUUAUGGGGUGGAGGAUAGAAUCGACUUUGUCAUCGGGGAUUUCUUUCAUCUCGCUCCAUUCUUGAAAGGGGACGUUUUGUUCCUAUCACCACCUUGGGGAGGGCCAUCAUAUCGACAUUUGGACAAUUACACACUUGAUUUUCUGAAGCCAAAAGAUGGGUACUCAAUCUUCCAGCAAGCACAACAAAUAACUCCAAACAUCAUUAUGUUUUUGCCUCGUAAUGUGGAUGUAAACCAAGUGGAAGAACUCUCUUGGUUGUCUAGUCCUCCCCUGAACUUUGAGUUAGAAGAAAAUCGUGUACAAUCUAAAGUCAAAGCAAUUACUGCCUACUUUGGUGAUAUAGCAUCUAGAUGACCGAGUUAGAUUCCUUUAGUGCUGCUGUAACAUCAGAGGGAGAUAUACUUCCACACUACAAAAAUGUAGAGGCAUGUGCUAUUUUUAAGUUCCUUACCAUAAUUAUCCAUGUAUUUCCAUUUUAAAUGACUACGAGCAGCUGUGCUCUGAGUUCCAAAGUUUCAACAAGCAAACAAUAGGUUGUGUCACCAAGAGCUGCCCAUUCUUGCUGGUUAUAUCUUUUGGUAAAGUUAAAAUCCAACCAGCCAGUGGCACCGCACCUUAGAGCCCAUAGUAAUUCUUUCUGUUCAAUAUGGAAAAAGAAGUCCCUUCCUCUUGAUUUUUUGUUACUUUUGACAACCUUAACUUGAUUAAAUUCAUCUAA